AUGUCUUAUCAAGAGCAGCAGAGCAAGCAGCCUUGCCAGCCUCCUCUGGCAUGCCCAACACAGUGCCCUGAACCAUGUCCACCUCCAAAGUGCCCUGAGCCCUGCCCACCACCUAAAUGCCAUGAACCUUGUCCACCACCGAAAAGCUCUGAGCCCUGCCCACCUCAACAGUGCCAGCAGAAGUGCCCUCCUGUGCAGCCUCCUCCACUGUGCCAGCAGAAGUGCCCACCCAAGAGCAAUUAA